AUGGGCGCUUCAAGCAGGGCGCUGUCCGUGGUGCCUACCGUCCUCCUGGCGUUGGCGCUUCCCACUUUCCCCGUCUGGGCGCAAAACGACACGGAGCCCAUCGUCCUGGAAGGGAAAUGCUUGGUCGUGUGCGAUUCCAACCCGGCUACCGAUUCUAAGGGAUCGUCUUCUUCUCCUCUGGGGAUCUCCGUACGGGCUGCUAAUUCCAAGGUUGCUUUCUCGGCAGUCAGGAGUACCAACCACGAACCUUCCGAGAUGAGCAACAAAACCAGGAUAAUCUACUUCGAUCAGGUAAUAUAGGAAGUGAAUGAAUGCAUAUUCUUUCUUAAAAGGCAGGACAUUCUCAUCAUUUCCCCCUGCCAGGAGGUUAAGAAAAAGAGCGAGAGAAGAAUCGGUCAAAGGAUGAGUAGUUUUGAUCAAGGGAGGAGCAAUUUUUAAAAUAUAUAGAGAGAAGAGUUAUCAUUUGGGAAAGGGAUUCGAUUAGAAGUGGAGUGGCGAGGCAACCGGUCAUGAAGCUGAGACGAGAUCAGUUCAGGGGAGGAGGUGGGGAUCAACAGGUGGGAGUCGAUCUGUGAACUCUUUAAUGCUCCUUUACAAGCAGUGGGCUGAAACUUACCAAGUGGCAUUGGAAACUCUCGGUCAAUAGGCUCAUUUCCUUCCAACCGACACUUCCUUGCCUUUCCAGUGAAGUUUGAUGGCCAUUCCACUUUACCAAGCAAGAGUGCAUUUGCACAUUGUAAGUCUUUGGAUUGAAUUAAUCAUAAGGCUGUAACCAGGAAGACGCAGACUGCUUUGCUCUGAGAAUACAGCAGUUUGUUUUUACUACUUAUUGAUUUAAAUUCCUACCAUUCCACUCUCUUAUAACUCAUGGAGGGUUACAUAAGUUUCCAGAGUUCAGUAUUCAGAAAUGACAGUCACCUACUACCUAAAAGUUUGCAUCCUUAUGAAAAAAAGGUAUGGUGUUUGAACAAGGUCUGUGUAUCUGAGAUUAAUGAAGGAAGACCAGACUGCUCAGGAAUGCAUCCAGUUUUAGAUUGGUAUUUGCAGUCACUGGUGAUGGUAGUCACCAAUGCAGAGACCUUAUUGUUUCUGCACUCUUGUAGCCCAGUCCUGAGAAUAUUCACCCAGAAGUAAGCCCCGCUGUGGGCAUGUUAAGUGUGCAUAGGAUUAUAGCCUUCCAGCUCAGAUGAUUUGAUACCUGAAGGGAAAGUGUGGGCAUUUUUAAGAUUCUAAGGAAGGGCAUUGUGUGCAGUUGAAUAUGUCCAAAUAUCCUAUCUAACUCUGUGGGAUAUUCCUGUUUGCUUUCCAGCCACCUUUUCACAGCAGUCCAAACCUUUUAUCACUUUAUAAAGUGUCAAAAUCUGUAAGUGGAAUUUAGGCACCUCUUGUAACCCAAAAUCUAUUUAUUCUGGUGCAAUCACAUUGGCAUGUAUAUAGCAAUCAAACACGGUCAGGUAACAGAGGAAUAUGGAGGCAGUCCUUUGAAAGAUCCACUGCACCUUUAGUGUAUCACUGCAGAAUGUUGCAAUAUUGGAAAGACACCCAGUUUCACUUUUCCCUGACCUACCUCUCAGAGACAAACACCAAACAUACCCUCUGUCCAGGCAUAUGAUCAAUGGUUAGACAAAACAAAAAGAGUUAUUCAUCCCCGCUCCAAAGUAAGGUCUUGCAUUGUCAAUGUUAAGCCAUUUAUAAAUAAGAAUGAAUCCUUUAACAAAGAAAGAUUUUUUAAAACAACAACAACAACACACUUUAGAUUUUCAGCUGUCUAUGAGAUAAUACCUUUUUUUAAAGUCCAUUUGUUUUAAUGCAAGAGUUUAACAUGUGUGUCAGUUUCUCCCAUUAAAAUCUAUAUGACAUACAAGAGUGCAGUUUGGGCUGGAUCAGAUCCAUAUGUAUUUUUAAAAGAAAGAAAGAAAUGGUGGUGGAAGGCAUUGUAAUUAUGUUGUGUCAGCUCCAGUUUGAAAUGUCUCUGCCUUCCUGGGAAUUGUUUAAUACUCUACCCUCAGCUAUUUCCUCUAUCACCCCCUUCUGAUUAUGUAUGAUAGCAGGUGGAAUAGCCUAUCUUUGCAAAUAUUAGCGCAGUGGGUUAAUUAAGCCCCAGGAAGUUACUCUUUAGUCUUUCACAACAUAUUCUUCAGAGAGAAUGAUGGAUCUUCACUCUCUCCCAUGACUACAAAGAGUCCUGGGAAUAUUGUACCUUGCUCAAGUCGCACUGCCAUUAACCUUUUCAAGAUGCCAGGAGACAGGUGGAUAUGUAAGAGACAUGGAAAUGUCCAGGGCAUCAGACAGCUGCCUGUAUCUUUUGAAAGGGAGUGCAAGGCAAUAUGCAGGGCUUUUCUCCCCCUUAGGUACAGGUUAUGAGCCUUGAAUUUUAAAAGUGUUUGUGCCCACCCAUCACUUGUGCAGAACCUAAAAGUGCCAUGCAAUUAAUUUCUCCUCUUCCUACUAUGUUCUUUGCUUCCUGCUUUCUUGUAAGAAACUACCCACUCACCUCUCAUGCCUUCACACUCGUUCCAAUCAAGACUGAGCAAAGAGCCAACAUAUGUUGUGUGAUAUAUGUGAAGACAUUGUUUUUCCUCAAUUGCCACGACAACUGGAAUCCAUCCCCACACUAACAGAUCUGAAAGUGCAUUUAUGUUUGGAAGAAAUUCCAACCGAUUUCAGCUAGCAGUGGCAAAGCUAACUAAAACCGACUUUCCAUUGAACUCAUGCAAAUGUACUUAGGACUGAGGUGUAUUGGGGUGGUGGGAGGGAAUGACAGAUCACUUUCACCAGUAUAGUGUGUGGCUGGCAGCCAUGCACAUAAAGGGGUACGUGAGCUGCCUCCUAAGAAUGACCAAGGUGCAACUCCCGUAAAUAUUUCCCCUGGACUUCUGCAGAGUCAGAAAUGUGAUGAAGCUGUUUCAUGUCAACAGGCCAUCUAGCUCAGUAUGGUCUGCCCAGACUGCCAGCAGCUCUCAUGGCACAAAGGCCAUGACUCAGUGGCAGAGCAUCCUCUUUGCAUACAGGUCACAGGUUCGAUCUCUAGCAUCUCCAGGUAGCUCUGGAAGUGUCCCCUGUCUGAAGCCCUGGAGAGUCACUGCUAGUCAGAACAAUACUUCUAAAAAUAUAAAAUUAAUUCUUGCAUUUCCCAAAAAUAUUACAAAAGUACAAGUAUAUAAAAUGUGUAACAUGAAUUUCCCAUCUCCUCCUAAAUAUGCCAUGUAGACAGUUCAGAGUAGACAGUGCUGAGGUGGACCAUUGGUCUGACUCUGUAUAUGUCAGCUUCCUAUGUUCCUAAGUCACUUCCCCAAAAGAUGCUGUAGAUUGUGCCUCAGACUUUAGGUUUAAAACAUAUAUUGCUACCAUUUCCCCCUCCUCCUCUUCUACCUCUUCCUUUUCAUCUUCUCAAGAGUAUUAUCAAUAUAUUAUGAUGUCAUCAGUGUAUAACGAGAACUUCACAGGGUAACAUACACAUAUUGGAACUUCUCCAAGGAGCUUACAAUAUAAGAAGAGGAAUAACUGUAAUACUUCACAUUGGUUGCAGUCUUCAGGGCCAGUCCUACCAUUAGGUAAAAUGAGGUGGCCACCUCAAGGAGCAUGUGCUGGGCAUGCAGCAAAAGGGGUGUGAUGCAGAAACAUACUAUACCUCAUAGCAAAUAUUUUAUCUCUGGCCCCACCUCAGUUCUUUCAGUUUUGGAAUAUAUUAUCCAUAAAUUUAUGGAAAGAGGAGGCAGGCAGCAUAAUACAGUGGAUUAUGUUUACGCCAUCUACUGAUUUAAAUGAUCAUGUUCUUUUAUAUAUAGCUAAUUAUCUUUGAGUUAGUGGUAUUAUGCAUCUUAACUUGGAGUGGAGGGCACCAUUUUCUUCAAUGCCUCAGGCUGCAAAAUGCCUUGGGUCAGUCCUGAUAAUCCGUACAACAACCCUGUAGGGUAGGUAGAUCAGCACAAUCACCCCCAUAUUGCAGGUGGGAGGCUGAGUAGAAAAGUGUGCCCCUGGCCAUUGGAUGAGCUUUUGGCAGAGGUGAGAUUCCAACCAAGGAAUGCAUGAAUCACUGCUCAGUUUCUUACCUUCUCACUAUAUUGCUAUAUUUCACUGACAAUGUGAUCCGAUUCAUGUGUACUUAGAAGUAGUGCUAUUGAGUUCAGUGCGGUUUUCUUCCAGACAGGUGGGCAUAAGAUUGCUGCCUCAGUUGGCGAGGGGGGGGGAAGCAGCAGGGAGGGAAGAGAAGUAUGGCAAACAAGUGAUGAAAGUGAGCAAAUACAACUAGAGAGCCAGUAUAGUGUAGUGGUUAGAGAGUCAGACUAGGACCUGUGAGACCAGGGUUCAAGUUUCCACACAGACUUUGGGCCAGUCACUGUCUCCCAGACUAUUCACCUCACAGGGUUGUUGUUGAGGAUUAAAUGCGGAAAGGGAAAACCAUUAUUAUGCUGGAAGCCACCCAGAGUGGCUGGGGCAACCCAGUCAGAUGGGUGGGCUAUAAGUAAAUAAUAAUAAUAAUAAUAAUAAUAAUAAUAAUAAUAAUUGCUGCUGCUACUACAUUGUACUCCAUGGAGAAAAAGAUGGGGUAUAAAUGCAAUAAAAUGAAGAAGGAAGGUAAAAGAAAGUACUUCUCUAGCCAGCUCAUAGUUUGCUCCCAUGAGAAGCAGUGGUGGCCAUCAACUUGAGUGGCUUUAAAAGAGGAUUAGACUCUUACAGCCCACCAAUGGCUACUGAGCCUAAUGCCCAUGUUCUACCUCUACUUUUAGAGACAGCAAUGCUCCUGAAUACCAGUAGCUAGGAACUGCAGUUGGGCAGAAUGUUGUUGUGGCUCUGGUUGGCCACUGUGAGAAUAGCAUGCUGGACUUGAUGAGCCCUUGGCCUGAUCCAUGGAGGCUCUUAUUAGGUUCUUAUAUGUACCUAGCCAUCGUUUGAGCAGAGGCUGAGCAGUAAGGAGUUAAGACAGGGCUGAGGGACUGGGGGCUCUCCAGACAUGGACUACAGCUCCCAUCAUCCCCAUCCUUUAGCCCUGCUCACUUGGAAUGAUGGGAUUCAGAGUCUGGAGAACUGCACACAUGAGCGCCAUCCCUGAGUUAAGCUCUAGUCUUCAUGGGAAGGUGGAUUUUAAGGAGGGUCUUGAAGAAAAAGGGGGAGGUGACAUUACUUUGAAAUUCAAUGAAAUCAUCCCAAGCAGUUUUACCACUGAAUCAUGGUCACUUCCUCUGUGGAUAAUAAGUAGCCUGCCUCCCAAGUAAUUAAAAAACAACAAUUGAGUCGAUUUUCAUCACUUCUUUAAUUUUAAACUGAGACCAACAUUUCAUCAAGAAAGAUUCCUAGUAGGUGGUGGGAGAUACCCUAGAGCAAAAUCCAGGGUUGUUGUUGCUGUUGUUGCUAUUUUAAGAAAAUAUGCUUUUAUUAGAGAUCAAUGAAGGAGGCAGAAAGAGAUAGGCCUAUCCUAAGUUCAGGAAUUAAGUACUCAAGGGGUGGGCAUGUCAGGUGCCAUGUCAGUAUAAUUUCAUUGGAGCGGGGAAUGGGGAACCCGUGGCCCUCUAGAUAUGAUUGGACUGCCUGCGAACUGUUUAGCAACAUCAGGAGGACCACAUGUUCCCCAACCCUGUUACAAGUGCAAUAAUGUACACUAUUACUGAAACAUUUUGGGAUCUGAUGCAAACAGGUCUCCUGAGACCACUCAGGUUGAUAAGCUUGUGUUGAUUUUACAGCACAGGUUUAUUAUAAUGCUCCCAGAUCCACUUUGAACUCAGUUGUCCUCAACUGCAGAUCUGCAGACAGUCUUAACAGAUUUUGGACUCACAGCUGUCCAUGGAGGCACAGGUUAAUUCUGUGUCCAGGGCAGCUGUCUACCAGCUCCAUCUGGUAUGCAGGCUGAGACCUUAUCUGCCCACAGACUGUCUUGCCAGAGUGGUGCAUGUGCUAGUUAUCUCCCGCUUGGACUACUGCAAUGCUCUCUUCGUAGGGCUACCUUUGAAGGUGACUCAGAAACUGCAAUUAAUCCAGAAUGAGGCAGCUAGACUGGUGACUGGGAGUGGCCGCCGAGACCAUAUAACACCGGUCCUGAAAGAUCUUCAUUGGCUCCCAGUACGUUUCCGAGCACAAUUCAAAGUGUUGGUGCUGACCUUAAAGCCCUAAACGGCCUCGGUCCUGUAUACCUGAAGGAACGUCUCCACCCCCAUCAUCCAGCCUGGACACUGAGGUCCAGCACCAAGGACCUUCUGGUGGUUCCCUCGCUGCGAGAAGUGAGGUUACAGGGAACCAGGCAGAGGGCCUUCUUGGUAGUGGCGCCUGCCCUGUGGAACGCCCUCCCAGCAGAUGUCAAGGCAAUAAGCAACCAUUUUACUUUUAAAAGUCAACUGAAGGCAGCCCUGUUUAGGGAAGUUUUUAAUGUUUGAUGCUGUAUUGUUUUUAAUAUUUGGUUGGAAGCUGCCCAGAGUGGCUGAGGAAACCCAGCCAGAUGGGCGGGGUAUAAAUAAUAUAUGAUGAUGAUGAUGAUGAUGAUGAUGAUGAUGACAAAACAGAAUGACUUCUUUGCAUGGAACAGUUUCUUUUUGAAUGGCCACUGUUGUCUGGGGGGAAUGUUGUCUUGGGGAAACAACCCCAUCAUGUGCUGGGUGCCAAAUAUUAAUAGUUUUUAUUUUAUUUUUAAAUCUGAAAGAAUAUCUGAAUGCAGGGAUCAGUUUUGGAAGCACCAGAGCAUUUCACCUUGUCCAACAGGCUAGGUGUGCUAGAAUUAUAGGGGGCUAGAGGAGCUUAAUGGCCUUAUCAUCUGAGCUGCCACCCCCAGUGUCUGGGGACCAUAAUAUGGUUAAAACUGAGACAAGAUAAGAGUGAAGCUUGUGGGUUUCAUUAACAUGCCCACCUCUUCUCUCGUAAUUUGAGCACUAAUAUUAUGAAAGAAUUUACCCUCAGAUCCUUUUCCUGGAGCCAGACUGAAGACCCUAGGGCUAGUCAGUGAUUUCUCCAGUUUAGUUCCACAAUCCUGAACACAUUGACCCAUGAUUCAGCAAAGUAACUUUCCUAAGAAGGAUGCUUUGAUCGAUGCCUACAGAAAGGAAAAGGACCCUGAGUGUUUAUAGAUCUUUGCCUGUCACCUCCAUAGUCAGCUGUGGAAGCCAUGCAUAUACACUGGGGAGGUUUUGUACUGCAAUUCAGAUCAAGAUUUCUCCCUCCAUCCCUCCCUCGCUUUUCUUAAUUGCCAACCAAGAAGCGCUAAAAUCAACUACGGUAUGUGCAUAAUAAUAAAACACAACAAAAUCCACAAUAAAAAUGAAACAGAAUGCUGCAAAGCAACCAACAAAGCACCUCCCACAACCUCUUCCAAGCCCAGCUUAUGCCUAAGAAAACAAAUAGUUUUCUUUAGUGGUGGUUGAAAUGUCUUGAGAGGGAGGGGGCAUCCUAACCUCCAUAGGAAGAACACCUUAAAUGGUCCAGUUGUGCUCCUUUGUAGUUUAAAGCUGGGUAAAACGAGGGCUUCAUUUGAUGAUAUAAGGGCAGGGGGAGAUAUGUACUAGAGCAAGAGAUCUCAAAGUUAUGCAAGGAUUUAAAGGUUAGAAUCUUGAACAAAAUACACACAUGCCCCAUUUUGAACAAUAGGUUUGCUUUUCCAGUUAUAAACUGCAGCCCAAAGCCACUUAUUGGGAAGUACACUUCCUAGAGAUCAAUGAGGCUAAUUUUUAAAGGCUGUGUUUAGGACUGAGAAAUAAAUUCCAUUAAAAUCAAUAGGGCUCACACAUGCCUGACUUUCUGUGGAUUGGACCCAUUUGUAACACAACCCAGCCAUUCCCAAAGCUACCCAAAGAAAGGCCAGGAUUUAUGUCUGCAAGAGACAUAAGGGAAUCUUAUCUUUCUGUAGUUGACUAUACCUGCAGUCUCCUUAAUGAUCAUUGUUCCCUAUGCUCCAAAAGCCGUUGCUUGCUCUGAUAUACCUGUGAAGUUCCUGCAGAAAUGGGCUUUCCCAUUCAGUUCCAUGCAAUAUUAUUAUUAUUAUUAUUAUUAUUAUUAUUAUUAUUAACCCUUUGGAAGCACAACUGCCCUUUCCAUUCAAGCUCUUCUAAGUUGAAGCACUUCAAAUAAAUCCCUGAAUCCCUUUGUUUAUGGGAAGCCAGCUAAUUGGGGCUAUUCUAUGAAAAUAAGCGCUCCCACGGCUCAAGUGUACUAUUACACAGAGUGUGGCUUGGACUUAUGCAUGCAGCUCACACCAGGCAUAUAUAUGAUGUCACAAGUGCAUCAUUUGAUAUAUGCGAACACUCUGUGUUGCAAUACAGGAAAGGAAUGCAUGUGCAGAUUUCAAUAAGGGCAUGGAAAGGCUGUGUGAAGCAGACAGAUGUGUGUAAUGCCUGGUAGACAUGUGAUGGAAGGCAUGCAUACAGUGUGUGCGCAUGCACACCCAUACCCCCUGCACAUCUAGUGCUUUUACCACACUGGAGAUCAUCCAAAUUGGCUCUGUACUCCACUGGACAUCGGAAGGUCUUCCUUCCCAAUAAUCACACUGUUUUAACAAUCUGGAAAGGUGUUGGGGGUGGGGUUGGGGGUGGUAUUGUGGUGAGGGGCAUGCAAGGGCUAUUGUGGGGAUGUUCCUGCAAACCAACCAACCAAUGUGGGAUUGAGAUAGUAGGGAGGCAUAAAAGCCCAGAUCCUAACCCUAUCCACCUCUUUGGAUCCUUAUUGGCUCCCACUCAUCUCUCCAUAUAUAUAUAAUAAUAUAAUAAUAACAAUUAUCUAUACCCUGCCCAUCUGGCUGGGUUUCCCAGCCACUCUGGGCGGCUCACAACAGAAUAUUAAAAACACAAUAAAACAUCAAACAUUAAAAACUUCCCUAAACAGGGCUGCCUUCAGAUGUUUUCUAAAAUCAGGUAGUUGUUUAUUUCCUUGACAUCUGGUGGGAGGGUGUUCCACAGGGUGGGCGCUACUACCGAGAAGGCCUUCUGUCUGGUUCCCUGUAACCUCACUCCUCGCAGGGAGGGAACCACCAGAAGGCCCUUGGAGCUGGACCUCAGUGUCGGGGCUGAACGAUGGGGGUGGAGAUGCUUCUUCAGGUAUACUGGGCCGAGACCGUUUAGGGCUUUAAAGGUCAGCACCAUCACUUUGAAUUGUGCUCGGAAACAUACUAGGAGCCAAUGUAGGUCUUUCAGGACUGGUGGUAUGUGGUCUUGGUGGCCAUUCCCAGUCACCAGUCUAGCUGCCACAUUCUGGAUUAGUUGUAGUUUCUAGGUCACCUUCAAAGGUAGCUCCAGCGUAGUCAAUGGAUCAGAUUGCCAUAAGGGAAACAGUUUCCCCCACACCUAUUCAGCGCUGAUUUUUUGGGUGGUGGUGCUACUGGCAACUAGUGUGUGGUGACAUAUACCAAAUAGAACAGGUUGGGCACAACAGCAGAGAACGUGGGCAGCAUCUUUAGAGCAUAACGUUACGGCUAUUAGAUGUGCCUAAUUUUUUGUAGCAGCACUGUUACUUACCUGUGAGACUUGUACUCAAAAAUAUAUAUCCGUAAAUAGACAUAAAAGAAAGAAGGAAAGCAAAAGCCUGAUGGUGAAAGGAGAUUCCUUGACGUGCCCCCAGGGCUUUCUGACCUAUAUACACCCAGAGUUGUGGAUAUAGCAGUCGCUUUGCUGCUUUGCCAUGUCCUGCCAUGGCCUACUAGCUGGGGCUUGGAUUGUCUUGUUAGAUCAUUCUUUUACAAGUUUGCCAUAAUUUUGAAAAUCUCCCAUGCUGUAUUUAAAGUUAUGUCCCUAGUGAACCCGAUGUGCAAGGAGCUCACUUCUUUACUCUGGGUAUGGACCAUUGACAUCUAGCAUCAGGACAUAAUUGGUUUGAGGAGUAUGCCCUACCUUGUAAAUAUUUGCACGGGCAGAUCGUCCUGCAGUGUCAGAAGCAUUGUGCUGCAUCACUUUAAUGCUGGUGUAACAUCAUGCCUUUGUGCUGCUGAUGCAGCUGUCGGCAUUCUGUGUGCUCUGCUUGUGCCUACCUGGCUACUUUGGUGGCGCUUACAUCACCAGAAUUGUGCUGCAAAACAGAUUUUAAAAAUAUGAGCCUCUCCCCUCACUAUGAUGAGGUAGCUUAAAACUCUGCAGUACUUAAAACUCAGCAAGACCUUUAGUGGAACUAAGGAGCUGUUCAGUUUUCAGGAUACAGCCUGUGCAUUAUGGACCUUAUCCUGGCAAACUCAAAAGCAGGCCCAUUUGACCUGAACUAACAGGCCUUCCAAGGGACGCGGGUGGCGCUGUGGGUUAAACCACAGAGCCUAGGACUUGCCGAUCAGAAGGUCGGUGGUACGAAUCCCUGUGACAGGGUGAGCUCCCGUUGCUCGGUCCCUGCUCCUGCCAACCUAGCAGUUCAAAAGCACAUCAAAGUGCAAGUAGAUAAUAGGUACCGCUCCGGCGGGAAGGUAAACGCCGUUUCCGUGCGCUGCUCUGGUUUGCCAUAAGCAGCUUAGUCAUGCUGGCCACAUGACCCAGAAGCUGUCCGCCGGCUCCCUUGGCCAAUAAAGCGAGAUGAGCACCGCAACUCCAGAGUCAGCCACGACUGGACCUAAUGGUCAGGGGUCCUUUACCUAACAGGCCUUCUAGGAGUCCCUAUUUUCUAGGGAUGCCCCUGAUUUAGAGAUGCCAUCCCGGUUUCAGAUUUGAUCCCAGAAUGUCCCACCUUUCCUUAGGAUGUCCCUAUUUUCAUUGGAGAAAUGCAGGGUAUGGAGUUAUCUGACCCCCCGAGAUGUCUGAAGGCAAUCCUGUAUAGGGAAUUUUAAAAAAUGUUUAAUAUUUUUAUAUAUGUUGGAAGCUGCCCAGAGUGGCUGAGGCAACCCAGUAAGAUGUGUGGGGUAUCUAUAGUAAAAUUAUCAUUAUGGAAUGGCAUGUCCCUAUUUUCCUCAGAGAAAUGUUGGAGGGUAUGAACUAAGCAUGCACAGAAUUGUAACCUUAAAGAAAGGAUGUCUAGGCCAGUUUAAUCUUGCUGGGGAAAAUAUUUCUUAUGUCUGGAAAUCUUAAUUUUAUGUACAAUAAAUUAGUAUAAAUAAAUAUUGGGGUUAAAAAUUAACACCUUGGCUUUAGAUGUGUAGGCAUGGUGAGAAAUUUUGUGUCUGUUGCAAAUUAACUAUAUUUCCCCCCAAGAACACAGAAUGCUUCCAUUAAUUCUUAUUUCCUCUCUCUUUAAUUUGUAGAUCCUAGUAAAUGUGGGGAAUUUCUUUACGCUGGAGUCUGUCUUUGUAGCACCAAGAAAAGGAAUUUACAGUUUUAAUUUUCAUGUAAUUAAAGUCUACCAGAGCCAAACAAUCCAGGUAUGUUGAUUCAAAAAAUCUGUUGGAACACAUUUGUUAGCAUUUCAUUCCUUCCUUCUCCCCUUCCCCAUUUCCCUAAAAAAUAUAUAUAGAUAAAUGGAUAAUAGCGAAAAUCCAUUUUCUAUUGUAAAUAGAAAUAGUUUAAAUGCACCCAUGUUGAUGAGUUAGGAAACAGCAAAUAGCUCAACUUGGCCAAUAGCAAAUGGAUUUCAGUGACAUUUUAAGAUAACAAUGUUGCUCACCAGUUCAAGAUACGGCCUUGAGAGUUCAAAAUAAAGAGAGUGCUUGCAUUCUAAUUAUGUGCUACAACUUUUCUGUGAAUCUCACAUUGGGGACUGUUAGAAGUAAUUUCAUGAUAAUAAAUGCUAUGAGCACAAUGAAAGGAAGCAUGCAUUUGAUGUAAAAGCAUAAGAACAGCUUUCUGGAUCAGGCCAGACACAUCUAGUCCCUUGUCCAAUUCAAUGGCCAUUCAGAUGCAUCUGAGAAGCCCAUGAGCAAGAUCUGAGUGCAACAGUGAAAUCAGUAGGACUAAAAAGUGACUCCGUUUGACCCAGCCCUGUCGCUUUGUGAACAGAAGGGCUCUUUCCAUUCACAGAAGGAACUGGAAUAUGGUGGAGUCUACAUAAUGGAAGAAGGAUGUGGGGAAACAAUUCCCCUUUGGCUCUAAAGCUUGGAGUGCUGUUCCAAAGGACCCCUUUCUGAGGGACACAGAGUAUCGCAGGUGGUGCUGUGGUCUAAACCACUGAGCCUCUUGGGCUCCUGCCAACCUAGUGGUUUGAAAGCAUACCAGUGCAAAUAGAUAAAUAGGUACUGCUGCGGCAGGAAGGUAAACAUCAUUUCUAUGCGCUCUGGCUUCUGAAAUGGGGUUUUGUUGCACCAGAAGCAGCUUAGUCAUGUUGGCCACAUGACCGGGAAAGCUGUCUGUGGACAAACGUCGGCUCCCUCGGCCUGAAAGCGAGAUGUGCGCUGCAACCCCAUAGUCGCCUUUGACUGGACUUAACUGUCCAGGGGGUCAUUUACAUUUUAUCUUAUAUUGCAGAGGGAGGAUGGGAUUCAUGAAAGCCACUUCCCUUUCCCCUCUCUCCAGUGUGAGCAGAACUGUGCUGCUUUGCCUAUAUACGUCUUUGCAGAAGGGCUCGCCAGCAGUAAAUCAGGUCAGGCUGGCGAUCACACUUCUCCUCUAAGGGUGCAGAGAUGAUGCAGGAAUGUAGAGAGGGAUGUAUGGACUUGAUGAUGAUGAAGAAGAGUUUGGAUUUGAUAUCCCGCUUUAUCACUACCCUAAGGAGUCUCAAAGCGGCUAACAAUCUCCUUUCCCUUCCUCCCCCUCAACAAACACUCUGUGAGGUGAGAGAGACUGAGAGACUUCAGAGAAAUGUGACUAGCCCAAGGUCACCCAGCAGCUGCAUAUGGAGGAGCGGGGAAUCGAAACCGGUUCACCAGAUUACGAGUCCACCACUCUUAACCACUACACCACACUGGCUCUGAUGAGGCAUUAGGAGGAGGAAACCUGGGAGAAUGAAGAGGGUGAGAAAGAGAUGGAUUGUGGAAAUGCAUCCCAUCCCAUUUGCAGAGAGAGCAGUUUGGGGGAACAGAGAUAAUGUAUUAUUAUUUUGCAUUUAUACCCCACCUUUUCCUCCAAGGAGCUCAGGGUGCUCUUCCUCCUCUUCAUUUAACCCUCACAACAACCUGUGUGGUAGGGCUAGGCUCGACUCACGACGAGAGGACAGAGAAGAAUGAGGCCGAGGAGAGGCUGGCACCGCCGCAAAAGUCUGCUGAACACGCCCCCUCGAAGGCACCUGGUUGGAUGCCUGCCAAGGGGCGUGGGCGCCAGCCAGGUGAGAGGAGGAGGCAGGGGGCUAAUGCCCCCUGCUAGGGGCGGUGCUCGGGCUCCCGCCCACAACCACUCCCCUCUCUUCCAGGGAGGAGAGUCUUUAUUUUGCAUUUAUACCCCACCUUUUCCUCCAAGGAGCUCAGGGCGCUCUUCCUCCUCUUCAUUUAACCCUCACAACAACCUGUGUGGUAGGGCUAGGCUAGGAGGCAGUGACUGACCCAGUGUCACCCACUGAGAUUUAUGGCCAAGUGGGGAUUUGAACCCUGGUCCCCCGAGGUCCUACCAGGACGCAGGUGGCGCUGUGGUCUAAAGCACUGAGCCUAGGGCUUGCCGAUUGGAAGGUUGGCAGUUCAAAUCCCAGCGACAGGGUGAGCUCCCAUUGCUUGGUCCCAGCUCCUGCCAACCUAGCAGUUCGAAAGUACAUCAAAGUGCAAGUAGAUAAAUAGAUACCACUCCGGCAGGAAGAUAAGCGGCAUUUCUGUGCGCUGCUCUGGUUUUGUCAGAAGCAGCUUAGUCAUGCUGGCCAUAUGACCCAGAAAAACUGUCUGCGGACAAAUGCUGACUUCCUUGGCCAGUAAAGUGAGAUGAGUGCUGCAACCCCAGAGUUGUUCAUGACUGGAUUUAACUGUCAGGGGUCCUUUACCUUUACCCCCGAGGACCUAGCCCAACAUCCUAACAAGUGCCUUCUAAAGCAGCAUCCAAAGAAAGGUGAGAGGAGAAGAGCAUUUUGGAAUGGGGAUCCCUCCCAUUUUGAGCAAGUGAGAAUACAACCAGAAACAGAUAUUGAUGUCAAGGCCUGAGAGGAAGAAUCCUAGUGGCAAGCCUAUGGCUGGAGAUUGGUGGAACAUCAGGAAAGUAGGGGAAGGAAGGUCUCCUCACUCUAGCAAUCUGAUGUUGGGGUGAUGCUGGUCUCAGUCACAUAGCCAGCCUUAGAAACCAGUCCCACCUUCUCUUAGUUUCCUGUGGGACACUCCUUCCCCCUAGGGCCUAGUAUCAUGUGGGAAUAAUCAAUCACUCCAAGGGGCUGUGUAGGAUUUUUUUUGGCUACACCCACAUUAACUAAUUUGUAUUUGUAGAUUUAGAAAGAUGUAUAGGCCACCUGAUCCCAAACUCUCAAAGCGAUGUUCAUAAUACAACGAUGGAUUAAUACCCCCCCAUCUAAAAUCCACAAAGCUGUUUAAAAACCCCCAGCAUAUGCUAGAUAAUUUUCAGUAAAACACAGAAAGAAUCAGUUAAACCUUUAAAAUGAACAUGGAUUACAUAAUGAUACGUCUGAAUAGGAUAUAUAAUAAAGUUUGCAGCAAUGUGCCUGGAAUGUACCUUUUUUAAUACCUACUCCAAGCUGGCAGAUAUUAAGAAGCUAGAUUAUUAGUCUGACUGAUCGAUGCAUGCGCCAUGGGUUGCUCGGGCUGUAUGCAGUUGGCUUGGGGGCAUUUCCACUUUGCCGAGCCAGUUGGGAUGGCUUUGUGAAUUAAGUAUUUGUUGGGUCAUGCUGGCAUGGGGUGUAGGCACAGAUUCAGAUAUGGUCAGCUGCACCACCAGGACUCACUAGCUCCCUGCUGAGAUGCUGUCAGUCAUUUUGCACUCUGCACACGCUCAGAAACACUGGGCCCAUAACCUGUUUGUGUUUGAAAAAGAAAAGGUUCUAACCUCCUUUUUACUCCUUUACCUAGUCUUCAGACCUUAGUUGGCACAAAAGAGUCUUUGAGAAGAGUGUUCUUGCAGAGUAUUGCUACUUUUAUUCUUAAAAAGUCUUCUCCAACCACGACCGACAGCUUUUUUUAACACACAACCAGCUUUUUACCAUCCAAACAACCCACACCCAACACUAACACCGACCACUCUAUAUAUACAGGUACAAUUUGGUGAAAGAUUGCAUGAGUCAUUAUAGGCCGUUGACUCAUGCUGACUUAGUUCUUUUACCAUUAAAGAAACAGCAGCCAAUUUUUAGCCAUGGCAGCAACACCCUGAGACCCCUGGAGGGUGAAGGGGCUGGUUUAUCACUCACCUCAUUGUAUCCUUGGGUUGUGGAGCAUUGUCAGCACCAAAGGUUGACUAGUGUGGGUGGUGGUGAACAUGCCCCCUCUGCUCACGUUCAAGUUUUUAAUAAUAAUAGACUUAAAUGGGGGACCUCACACCCACUCACUGCCAACAGCAACAUGUGACCAAAGGUGCUACGAAUCAGCUGCAAAAUUUAAAAAGAUCAGAUCAGACAGCAACUACACCACUGCAAAUUGUAAGUGGAGAAAGCCCCAUCCCCGUGUUCUUAAAAUGCCCUUUUAUUUUAAUAGGAUUUUAAACUCCAUUUCAGGCAAACAUCUCAAAACAUGGGUGGUGUCAUAUACCUUAUAGCACAGGAUGAGACCAGGCACCUGCUUGUGCAUUUGCUUUGUUUUGACCCAUGGCUAUCAAGGAUGAUUAUGAAGCUUUGCUGGUAUUCCAAGUGAUGGGUGAUAUGCUAAAAGAAAAUCCCAGCUGCCCGGGUUGCUGAAAUUUCAUUGUGUUCUUUGGUGCAAGAUUAAAAGACCCUUUGCACCUCUCCUUUGGUGCCUUUCCAGACUAUGUAAUGUGCUCACUGAAAUCAUGCUCAAAAGCAUCAUAAAUACCAGCUAUGGGAAGACCUCGUGCCCUUGCUAUAUUCAGGCAAUUGCUUCAUUUGGAGAAAAGAGCAAGAUUGCUUAAGAUAAGAAUGUGGAGAUGUCUCUGCGAAAAUGAAUGGUCACGUGCAGCGUAUUUUCUUCUGCUCUUGCCAAGCCUAUCUCUGGCUCACUGAAUAUAUUGCCACUGCAGUGUGUGAUCUAUUUCCACGUCAUCUAGUCUCCUGCUGCUCCAGUAAUGUUUAAAUAUGGAGGGAACACGUCAGUUGCUAGAAUGGUAUGGCAGUGACUCAUGAAAUCAUAGAAUUGUACAGUUGGAAGGGAACCCAGGGGCCUUCUGGUCCAACCCCCUGCAAUGCAGGAAUCUCAGCUAAAGCAUCUGUGACAGAUGGCCCUUCAACCACUGCUUUAAAAACCCCAAGGAAGGAGAGUCCACCACCUUCCGAUGGAGUCCAUUUCACUGUUGAACAGCUCUCACCAUCAGAAAGUUCUUCAUGGUGUUUAGUGGGAAUCACUUGUAACUUGAAGCUAUUGCUUCAGGUCUUACCCUCUGGAGCAGGAGUAAAAUGCCUCCUUGCUGCUGUUUACAGCCCUGAUUGGCUCGGGUGUUGUCCUGUUUUAUUUGAUUGUUAUUCCUUGUCUUUCCUACACAUCACAUAGGCUAGGGUGAGCUCCAGAAGUCGCUGAACAACAACUCCCAUCAGCCCCAGGAAAGAAGGCUGAUAAUUUACAAUGAUGGGAGGCCACAACCUUCUGGAGGGCACAACAUCCGUUUAUCGCCAGGUUCUGUCAUCACAACACUUUAGCAAAGACCUUCCUGCCACACCUUCAGUUAGUUAACACACAUGAAGCACAUUGUGCCAUUAAGCAAUGGUUUCCUCUCAAGCCUGCAGUUCUCACAUGCAUGCUGGACUACUGCAAUGCACUCUACGUGGGGCUACCUUUGAAGGUGACCCCGAAACUGCAAUUAAUCCAGAAUGCGGCAGCUAGACUGGUGACUGGGAGUGGCCGCUGGGACCACAUAACACCGGUCCUGAGAGAUCUGUGUUGGCUCCCAGUACGUUUCCGAGCACAAUUCAAAGUGUUAGUGCUGACCUUUAAAGCCCUAAACGGCCCCGGUCCUGUAUAGCUGAAGGAGCGUCUCCACCCCCAUCGUUCAGCCCGGACACUGAGAUCCAGCACUGAGGGCUUUCUGGUGGUUCCCUCACUGCGAGAAGUGAGGUUACAGGGAACCAGACAGAGGGCCUUCUCGGUAGUGGAGCCUGCCCUGUGGAACACCCUCCCAUUAGAUGUCAAGGAAAUAAGCAACUAUUCAACUUGAAGGCAGUCCUUUAUCAGGAAAUUUGUAAUGUUUGAUGUUUUUAAUGUUUGCUGUUUUAUUGUGUUUUAAAUAUUGUAUUGGAAGCCACCCAGAGCAGCUGGAAUUAUUUCAGGAAUUAUAACUAAAUUUACAUCUGUGCAUAGAAGUUGGCACAUCUAAAUUUUAUGCAAUUCUGCACCCUCUUUUUUCAUCAUGCUCUUCCACUUGGAGGGUGAUGCAUAAAUGGCUGCCCUAGGAGCAAGUUAUAUGUGGUCCAGCUCCUGAUAUUGGAAUCUCCAGGUUUCGCUUACGUAUCUCCCACAGUCCAAAUCACUUGUUUAUAACAAGAGUCAUUUUGUAUUAAGAACAAGUUAAUUGGCCAAAAACAUUGCUGUUCAUGCUGAAUAAUUACAUGUGAACUGAGGACACACAAAAAAACACACGGGGGGGGGGGAGGCGCGAGAGUUCUCCCUAAGAUGUCUCUCUACAGAAGAAGCCUUUGAGAGAGGGCCUUCUUGGUAGUGGCGCCCACCCUUCAGAUGUGAAGGAAAUAAGCAGCUAUCUUAUGUUUAAGAGACAUCUGAAGGCAGCCCUGUUUAGGGAAGUUUUUAAUAUUUAAUUAUAUUUAAUAUUGUUUUUAACACUUGAUUGGAAGCUGCCCAGAGUGGCUGGGGAAACUCAGCCAGAUGGGCGGGGUAUAAAUGAUAAAUUAUUAUUAUUAUUUUAGGAACAUACACAGAGCACUGCUUGUCCCUGUCCUCUCAGCCACACCUUUUCGGUGCUGAGGGCUUGAGUCAUAACCUCCCAGGUCUGAAGGCCUGAGUAAAUGAUGCAGGUGUGCCCCAGAGAAAUCAUGCUCUCUGCCCUCAAAGAACCACAGUCCUGGGUAGCAAACAUCAAGGAUCCUCACACCCUUCUUAAUGCAUCUUAGUGCUCACUGACAACGAUCCUUUGCGUACUCUUCCUUCACUGUCCCAGUGUUGUGACCCUAGGUUACUUAGAGGUCAACACAGUCUAUACUACUUGCCAAUUGCUUCCAGAUGCCACCUCUGCCAACUUUUUUUUUAAAAAAAGAUAUUUAUUAGGAGUUUACAAGUUACAGAAAAAGAAGGAGAACAAUAAAGAAUUAAACAAAACAAAACAAUACCUUACAAUACAUAAAAACAAAACAAAAAGAAAAAACCAAAAAACCAAUACAAUAAAAUAACGAAAAAACAGAACAAAAACAUUUAAAAACACUUCCAACUUUUCCAUGUCUUUACCUUUCAUAUACUUGUUUCAUCGACCUCCUCACACCUCCCUUUUUUGUAUUCUAGUUCAAUUAGCUAUUUCAGCAAGUCCUUUCCAUCUUUCUCAAUUUUCGUUCUAGAUCUAACCUUUUAAUUAACUCAACAAAUCCUUUCCAUCUUUCACUAUAUUCUGUCAUUCAAUUUACCUUAAUUUAUUUAACCUUAUCUUACCAUAAGAAAAAAACCUUAAAACUUAAAACUUAAUACUUAUUUAUACAUAACUCCUUAUAUCAUUUCUACUAAAGCCAAAUAGUUUCAUUCCAACAUUUUUCCUAAUACUCAUUAAUUUUACACUAAUUCUCAAAAUAAUUUUUUUUUUAAAAAAAACUUUUUUCCAAUCUUCAUCCAACGUCUCUUCUUCCUGGUCUCGGGUUUUGUCAGUCCUUCUUGUCCAUUCCAUCUAGUCCAUCAACCUGGUGAUCUUAUGUCCGAGGCCCUUAAGUCUUUUCCAUGUCCCUUCUGCAGAUCUUCUUCUUGUUUAUACCUGCACUUUACUUUGUCUUUUGUUGAUCUUUUUCUUAAUUUCUUUCCUUUCUCAUUGGGGGGGUAGGUCUCGGGAGGACUCCAAUCCAAAAAUAUCUCCAUCUCCCCUCAGCAAAUCAGCCCAUUCCCCACAGUCAACACUGUAAUCCAGGAGGUAUUUAAAAGCAUGUUUCAAAGUCCUUCCAAAAUUAAGAGCCCUCACAACUCCAGACCCCCCCAUGUCCAUUCCAGAUUCAAACUUCAAGAACAGCGGCUUAUGCUCCUGCAAGGCCUCGGAUCUCCACCUCUGCCAACUUUUAGAUGCCCGGCUAAGACUUUUCUGUUUACCCAGGUGGUCAAUUAAUCAAUGUUGACUUCUACAGUGAGCUUAUCUUUUGGUGUGGUGGGUAGGACUUGGUCUUUACUAAUUUGGGCAUUUUAUGUAUUUUGAAUGGUUAGCGUUUAAAUUUGCUCUGGUUUUAUUUUAUUUUUAUACGCUGCAUUUAUUUUCAACCACUAUGACUCUUUUCCAGCUGGAAAAAGUUUCAAAAAGUGGCAACCAAUAUGAUCAAUGGGUUGUAGCAACUGCCUUAUAAGAAAAUGUUGUUACAUCUGAGUUCUUUAAGAAAUCUUGGCUGAGUGCCACCUAGCCCUAUGGCUGGGGUAUUUUGUAUAUGUCUUUUUAAAUUCAAUUAGUUGUAAACCUUCUUUUGACACCUUAUAUUAUCAGCUUCUGUCAGUUCAGGUUAGUGCUGAGCUAAAAGCUUUCACAAAUAUUUUCACCUGUACAGGUGAGUUCAUCUGGCCAACAUCUGCAGUGAAGGUUGAUGCAAAGAAUUUGUGCAUCUUCACUGAAAUUGAAUGCUUCUUUUAACUAUUGCUAAUUUUACCCUGCUAACAAGUUAUGCUAACUUUAUCUUGCCGGAAAUCUUGCUGGUUUCCUGCUUCUGUUGUAUUUAAAUUCUUUUAAUCUUCUUCUUAUUAUUUCUAUAUAUUUUUGGCAUUUGCUCCCUAAUUUUCUUCUGGGUUUGUCUUCCUGUAGGUUUACAUUCAGUUUGCCUGAAUUUUCUCAUUUUCAUCAGCCUUCCAUUUUGUAAUGUGAGCUUUCUCACCUUUUAGAACUUACAGCUAAUUUUUGUGCCUUUUCAAUGUAAUUCACAACAGUAUCCUUUUUAGGAUUGUUUUCGAAGCUGUGCUAUACAUUUUAUUUCAACUUCUGUUAUACUGCAUUAAAGUAGUACCCAUUCUCCCUUGAGAGAUUUUACCCUUCUGACAUUACCUUUCAGUUUCCUCCUAGCUAACCUUCUCACUUUUGACAAUAAAAGCCCCCUUUUGGAAUGAAAUAUGACUCUGUUGGAUUUUCUGGGCAAUUUUCCAGUCAUAUAAUAUGGUGAACUUGGUAGUGCUGUAUUCACUGUUUCCAGGAAGUUCAACAGUGUUUAUAGCUUCUUGUACUGCUCUGGGAAUAAUUUAGGAUUAAAUCAAGUGUCAUUUCCUUUGUCGCUGGCUCCAUGACUCAGUGUUGGUAAAGGCACACUCAUUCAUUAUAGCUAAAACUCUUGGGCACUGUCCAAUUUAGAGCUAAGCAUGUUUAAGCCUAUUUAUUUGCCAGCUUGCUGUGACACAAAUUUACAAUUAGCCAGUCAAUCUGAGAGUAAUUGAAAUAAUCACUUGUUAGUACAUUUUCUACUUUGCCCUUCCCCACAGUUGAAGAACAGAGGAAGCAUCCUUAUAUCAAGCCAAGCCAUUGGUCCACUCAUAUAAGAGAUAGCCAAUAACUAUGUAUGUUAUUGGACUCCAGCUCCCAUAAGUCCCAACCAGCAAAGCCAAUGAUCAAGGAUGAUGGGAGUUGUAGUCCAGCAAUAUCUGGAUGGCACCAUAUUAGCUACGCUGAUCUAAAUCACUAUUAUUGACUAGGGAUAGCUUUCUAAGGCAGAGUUAAGCAAUAUUGUGUGCUCCAGAUGUCAAUGGAUUGCAUGGCAAGUCCCCUCCCCCAUGUGAAAUGAAGACACUGGACACAUUAUUUAAGGUUAAUGGGCAUAAAAAGGCCACAGCUUUAUUGAUUACAGAAUUGAAAGGUAUUGGCCUUAGGCAUUGACUCCUAUCGACUACCCGGCAUGGAGACUGGGAAGGGUUAUCCACAAGCCGUGGGAGUCCUGUUGAAGUACGCCAACUAGGAUCCCACGGGUGUCACCGCUCGGGGGCGUGCCGGAGGCCCUUACCUCCCUAGGUUUCGGACAAGGCAAUGCCCCCCGGAGUCCUCUACCGGACUACCCUUUUCAUUGGGGGAAGGUGAUGGCACUUCCUUCCCCCCAUUCAUUUGCAUAACAAUUAACCCCUGCCAAUGCCUAACCGCCAAUACCGCGGAAGUUGUGAGGUUUGCUACGAGGUAGGCGAAAAAACCAAAAGGCUAGAAGUGCGCCAAAUUGGAAAAAUUCCUACCAGGCCCCUUGCGGCGACCAACCGGAGUCCAUAGCAAGGUCAUAGCUAGCUAAGCCUAAAGGGUGGGUGGGAUGGGAAAACCGCUCAGCUGCAAAGGGGAAAGAGGGCGGUCCCCGGUCAUGCCUGGCCUUAAAUAGGCUAGGCUCCGCCUCCCCAGCCCGCCGAUUGGCAGGCAGGGUCGAAGGCAUGCCCGGGGAUUUCCUGUUCUCGCGGGGGCAAAAGGCCAGCCCCCGCGUGUGUGGGAGGGGGUAGCCCACAACCCCCUCUCCUCCCAAGCUCGGAAAUGGCUCUGUGACUCCUAACAGAUUGGCUGGGUUUGAUGAGAGUUGUAGUCUAAUUAUAUCUGAAUGGCACCACAUUGGCCAUCCCUGCCCUAAAAAUCUCAAUCAGAGGUCUUUCCCACUGCCUGAUUCUGCUAAGAAGAUAUGCUUACUUACUUACUUCACCAAACCUUUAUUAGGCAUUACAAGAAUAGGCCAUCAUAAAACAGCCAUAUAUAAAAUUUUAAAAUAUGUACAAAUAGACAGCCAUGUAAAAUAUGUACUAAUGAGGAUUUUCAUUGAAAUUUCUUCCUGCUAAAUAGUGCCAUUCACCACUCUAAGAGAUACUAUUGACAAAAACUCACCCACCCUGGUAGUUACUUCCGGGUUACUGUCAGACAGAUAGAAUCUUAUAUUUUCAUUGUGCCGUGGUGUUAGACUACCCCCAAAAGGGGAUAGCAUGUGUUUGCAUAGCUGGUUGUGCAAUGGACAGUAGAAAAGAAUGUGUUCUACAAUGUCCGGCAUGUUCAAAGAACACCCACAAUGUCUAUCUUUUCUGGGGAUGUUUGAACAUCUGCCCUUGACAAAAGCUGAGGGGGAAACGUUCAGUUGUUGGACUGGAAUUAUUAAUUUCAAGAUAUAAGUGACCCUGUUAUCUGUCAUAUUUAAACCAUAGAACCUGGGGGAGCACAUUUUAUUUACAGCUGACUUGGUGUUUAGUUUUUCAAUGUCCCUUAAUCUGGUUUGAAUAUUGCGAUAAAUAUAUGGCUCACUUGAAUUAUACAAGAGUUCCAAGUCAAUGCCAAUAGAUCUGAUUUUGCUAUGUAAGAGUUAGAACCAUCUGGAUUUAUAAGAGUCCUUAAGUAAGAACAAGAUAUGCUAGGAGCCAAACUUGAGAUCUUCAUGUAAAUCAGGUGAUGCACUGCUGAGCUACAGUGCCAACCUUCUGCUUUUCAUUUCAUUCUAUAUCCCAAGAUCCUUAUUAGAGUUUUGGUUAGAGUGAUUUGAUUGUAUGCUCCAGCACAAACUUACCUUGGCACCUGGGAUCAUUCCUACCCUCAUGAUUCUGUAGAUAAGCUUGUUUCACUGAAGAUUUUUAAUCGGGAAGUUUUUAAUUUUUGACAUUUUUGCUGUGCUUUUAUUAUGCUGCAAGCUGCCCAGAGUGGCUGGGACAACCCAGUCAGAUGGGUGGGAUGUAAAUUAAUAAUAAUAAUUAUAAUCAUAAUCAUAAUUAUAAAUGUUUUGAACACUUUGCUCUCACCUCCAGAAUAACAUAGUGUGUACCUUACUUUAUUUCAAUGACCCACCAAGUUUCUCAUUUACUGUAUUCUCUUUUAGGGCCCAUCCACACAAUACAUUUAAAGCAUUUUCAUAUUGCUUUUGGCUUCCCUUCCAAAAUAAAAAGAACUGUAGUUUGUUAAAGGUGCUGAGAAUUGUUAGGAGACCCCAAUUCCCCUCCCAGAGCUACAAUCAGCACAGCGGUUUAAUAAUCAACCCCUCUUCCUUGGGAGUUCUGAGAAUGGCAAUUCUGUGAGAGCAACAGGUGUCUCCUAACAGCUACAGGUUUUUUGGGGAAAGCUAUGAAUGUUUAUGGGGACGCGGGUGGCACUGUGGGUUAAACCACAGAGCCUAGGACUUGCCGAUCAGAAGGUCGGCGGUUCGAAUCCCCGUGACGGGGUGAGCUCCCAUUCCUUGGUCCCUGCUCCUGCCAACCUAGCAGUUCGAAAGCACGUCAAAGUGCAAGUAGAUAUAUAGGUACCGCUCCGGCGGGAAGGUAAACGGCGUUUCCGUGCGCUCCUCUGGUUCGCCAGAAGCGGCUUAGUCAUGCUGGCCACAUGACCCGGAAGCUGUCCACCGGCUCCCUCGGCCAAGAAAGCGAGAUGAGUGCUGCAUCCCCAGAGUCGGUCACGACUGGACCUAAUGGGUCAGGGGUCUCUUUACCUUUACCUUUAUGAAUGUUUAUAAUGGUACAAUAUACUUUAAAUUUAUAGUGUAGAUGAGGCCUUAGUAUCAGAGACUCUACUUCUGCCAUUUGGGUUUUUAGGAUUCUAGCACUAGCUUAUAAACACCUAUAUGUAUCUUUUAACAUAUUUUGGGUGUUUGGGGGUAUGUGUGCAUUUUUCCCCUUAUAACUUUUUCAUUGACACCCGGUCAUUUUGGUGUGCUUCCGGGGUGUGCUUAGAUAUCUGUACACAAUUGCCUGCUUAUAACAGUGAGCCAUCACUGGGCUGGCAUUGUUCUCACUCUGGUUAAUCCACGAAGGUGGGUGACUUUGGUGAACAUUUUGGCCUCCACAAUAUGAGGUCUACGUGGUCAGCAGCUUUUGCACACCGUUUUGAAAAGAUGCAAAACCGUUUACAAAGGGAUUGGUGUCAGGAGGGAAAUCAAAGGUGGGGAAAGUGCUAUACUGUGAUCCGAUUUGCAGGCUUCUGAUGGGCAUCUGGUUGGCCAGUGUGAGAAGAAGAUGCUGGACUAGGGCCUUUGACCUAAUUCGGCAGGACUCUUCUUGCAUUUUUAUUCCUACAGUGAGCCUGCUAUAGACCCAUAGUCACCAACACAUUUUGCCCUGUCCCUCCCCUUCCACAUAUGGAAUGCCUUAAGUAUUUGUAACUGCUAUUUCCCGAAAGGAUGUUUCAAGAACAGCAAACAGUCUGUGGACUCCAGGCAUUUGUGGCUUCUAACGAUCCUUUGCAUAGUAUUUGCUAAUGAUAGAUGGGUUUCCCUGUUACCUUGAACUUUUUUUCAGCAAUUUUUCUCUUUUGUAGGUUAACUUGAUGCUCAAUGGAAAACCGGUCAUUUCUGCUUUUGCUGGGGACAAGGAUGUCACCCGUGAAGCUGCUACAAAUGGAGUCCUACUUUAUCUAGACAAGGAAGACAAGGUUUACCUGAAACUGGAGAAAGGUAAUCUGGUUGGUGGAUGGCAGUAUUCUACAUUUUCUGGCUUCCUGGUCUUUCCCCUGUAAGGUCGAUUUCUCCAUGACAUUCACCCAGGUGUGGACCAGUCAUUGCUUCUGUUCUCCGAAGAUCAUCUUCUCAUCCUUUGGAUUGAUGUUUUCUUUCUUGGUUUCUCAUGGGUGAAUAUGGAUUCUAUUUAUGGCAUUUGA